CUGCUGGUACGACUACGAGAGAGCAGCAACAGAGCGGAUGAAAGAACGAGAAUCAUUCUUGGAUGGACAGUGGUAUCGUGGUAAAGUGCGGGUACAGUUUCGAAAGAGUAAACUGGAAGCGACGAAGAACGGAGAACGGGAGAGAGGUGCGGCGAGAGAGAGAGCGGGCGCGUGUAGCAAGGUCGGUGCGUGCGGUGAAGUUACGAGCUUUAUUAAAGUGCAGUCGGCCGGGUUGAAAAACAAUCGACGGACAUAAUACGGCGCCCCGUGAAGUCCGAUGUCUAGUGCUGAGGUGGUGGAGAGCUCCGUUGACCCCCCAGCUAAGAAGCGACGCGUUGCUGCCACCACGGGAGGAGCCGACGAUUCGACGACGAUCGCAGACAUGGCGAAAAAUGGCUCGACGUCUCGGGCUUCUGCCGAAAUUGAUGAGGGUCUAUACUCCAGGCAGCUCUACGUCCUCGGCCAUGACGCCAUGCGUUGCAUGGCAUCCUCUGAUGUCUUGAUAUCCGGUCUCGGCGGGCUCGGCGUGGAAAUUGCUAAGAACGUCAUCCUCGGCGGCGUCAAGUCCGUUACAUUGCAUGAUGACGCGCUGUGCCAGAUUUCAGAUCUCGGUUCACAAUUCUAUCUUACCGAAGCGGAUAUAGGUAAAAAUCGAGCUGUUGCUUGUUGCCAACGUUUAUCAGAGUUGAAUAAUUAUGUCCCUACACGUCAUUAUUCUGGACCCUUAACUGAUUGUUACAUCAAGAAGUUUAAAGUUGUUGUUUUGACUGAAACUUCAUUGAAAGAACAAUUACGUAUUUCUGAGAUUACUCAUGCAAAUAAUAUAGCUCUUAUUAUAGCAGAUACCAGAGGCCUAUUUUCUCAAGUCUUUUGUGACUUCGGAGAAAAGUUCACAAUAGUUGACAUCAAUGGUGAACCACCUGUAAGUGCAAUGGUUGCUAGUAUUUCACAAGACACAGAAGGUGUAGUUACUUGUUUAGAUGAUACACGUCAUGGCAUGGAAGAUGGUGAUUAUGUCACUUUUUCUGAAGUACAGGGAAUGACAGAAUUAAAUGGUUGUGAUCCAAUAAAAAUUAAAGUUCUUGGUCCAUAUACUUUUAGCAUUGGAGAUACAUCCAAAUAUUCUGAAUAUAUUCGAGGUGGUAUAGUAACACAAGUAAAAAUGCCAAAGAUCUUACAAUUUGCUUCUUUGAAAGAUGCUCUGAAGAAACCAAAGUUUCAAAUUACUGAUUUUGGAAAGUUUGAUUAUCCAGAACAAAUACAUUUAGCUUUCAUGACAUUACAUAAUUAUAUAGAGGAAAAUAGAAAAUUACCUAGACCAUGGAAUCAAGAAGAUGCAAAUGAAUUCUUAAGUUUAGCUAGAACUCUGAAAGAGGAAGUAAGUAGUGAAACUGAAAUAAAUAUAGAACUGUUUGAUAUAUUUGCAAAAAUAUGUUCUGGAAAUUUAAAUCCAAUGAAUGCUACUAUUGGAGGAAUUGUAGCCCAAGAAGUUAUGAAAGCUUGUUCUGGAAAGUUUUGUCCUAUAUUCCAAUGGCUAUAUUUUGAUGCUAUUGAAUGUCUACCUACAGAUCGAUCUGAAUUCACAGAGGAAGAUUGUUGUUCUAUAGGAUCACGUUAUGAUUCACAGAUUGCUGUUUUUGGACGCAAAUUCCAAUCAAAGAUUGGAAAUUUAAAAUAUUUUGUUGUAGGAGCAGGAGCUAUAGGAUGUGAAUUGCUCAAAAAUUUUGCAAUGUUAGGUGUUGGUGCUGAGAAUGGUAGUGUUAUAGUCACUGAUAUGGAUUUGAUAGAAAAAUCUAAUUUAAAUAGACAAUUCUUAUUUAGACCAUCUGAUGUUCAACAAUCUAAAUCAUCAACAGCAGCUAAAGUCAUAAAAAGUAUGAAUCCAAACAUGAAAGUGAUAGCUCAUGAAAAUAGAGUUUGUCCUGAAACAGAAAAAAUUUAUAAUGAUGACUUUUUUGAAGUCUUAGAUGGAGUAGCAAAUGCAUUAGAUAAUGUUAACGCUCGUAUUUAUAUGGAUCGCCGUUGUGUAUAUUACAGAAAACCGCUCUUAGAAUCUGGUACAUUAGGUACAAAGGGUAACACUCAAGUUGUUGUUCCCUUCUUAACUGAAUCAUAUAGUUCUUCUCAAGAUCCUCCAGAAAAGAGUAUACCAAUAUGCACAUUAAAAAAUUUUCCUAAUGCUAUAGAACAUACUCUACAAUGGGCCAGAGACAAUUUUGAAGGUUUAUUUCGCCAAGCUGCGGAAAAUGCUGCUCAAUAUAUAUCCGAUCCACAGUUUGUAGAGAGAACGAUAAAACUGCCUGGUGUUCAGCCACUAGAAGUUUUAGAAUCCGUUAAAACAGCUCUGGUUGAUGAAAGACCAAAAUCAUUUGCCGAUUGUGUUGCUUGGGCUCGUUGUCAUUGGCAGGAGCAAUAUAGUAAUCAGAUCAGACAACUUUUAUUUAACUUUCCUCCUGAUCAAGUGACAUCCAGUGGUCAACUAUUUUGGUCUGGGCCAAAAAGAUGCCCUGAGCCACUCACAUUUAAUGUUAAUGAUCCAUUACAUUUAGAUUAUAUUGUAGCUGCUGCUAAUUUAAAGGCAAAAGUAUAUGGUAUUCCCAUCAAUAGAAAUCGAGAAGAAAUCGCUAGGAUUGUUAGUACUGUACAAGUACCGAAUUUCACACCGAAAUCUGGAGUAAAGAUCGCGGAGACAGAUUCACAAGUACAAGUAUCCAAUGGUAGUGGAAAUAUUGAUCAUGAGAGACUCACUCAAUUGCAAGAAGAAUUACCAAGAAUUGAAGAUCUCAAUGGUUUGGUAAUCUAUCCACAAGAAUUUGAAAAGGAUGAUGAUACCAAUUUCCACAUUGAUUUUAUUGUGGCUGCUUCAAAUCUCCGUGCUACUAAUUACAAAAUUCCACCUGCUGACCGACAUAAGAGUAAACUAAUUGCUGGUAAAAUAAUACCAGCUAUUGCUACUACUACUUCAGUAGUGGCAGGUUUAGUUUGUCUGGAGCUUAUUAAGCUAACUCGUGGCGUGAAGGAUCUAUCUAUCUAUAAGAAUGGUUUUGUUAAUUUGGCUUUACCAUUCUUCGGUUUUUCUGAGCCUAUCGCUGCGCCAAAAUUAAAAUAUUACGAUACAGAUUGGACACUGUGGGAUCGAUUCGAAGUAAAGGGAGAAUUGACGCUAAAAGAGUUUUUGGAUUAUUUCAAGGAACAUCAUAAUCUGGAAGUUACUAUGCUAUCUCAAGGUGUUUGUAUGCUUUAUUCCUUCUUCAUGGCAAAGCCAAAAUGCCAAGAGCGUAUGAGUCUUUUGAUGUCUGAAGUAGUAAAGAAGGUGUCAAAAAAGAAGUUAGAACCUCAUGUACGUGCGCUGGUAUUCGAACUUUGCUGUAAUGAUACUGAUGGUAAUGAUGUGGAAGUUCCAUAUGUUCGUUAUACUUUGCCGUGAAAUAUGUUAAUGUCACCAGGAUAAUGAGAAAUGUCUACUUAACUGACUUAGCCGUAGUAAUUUCCACAAAUUUCUAUUUUACAAUACAAGGAGAAUAUUACUCUUUCUCUAUGUAAGGUUCUCAGAGUUAAAAAAAAGAUUCAUUUUUAUCGUCGAUGCUUUGUAGCAUUUAUAUAGUAAGAGAUCAUAAGAUCCAUAGAGUUUUUCUUACUAUGAUCUCCCCCUUUUCCUGAAUAUAGACAUUAGGGCUCGAACUAUUUGUUUUCUUUUUCAUUAUUAUUUCCUGUGAUCGUUAUCUGAAAUAAUUUAAUCGUAAAUUUGUUAUGUAUGUUUUUCUUUUUAUUUUUUUAAUAAGCUAAUAAUUUCAGAGGAAAAAUGAAUUAGCUUUAAGAUAAUUCGAACUGUUGAUAAAAAAGAUAUAUGAGUAUAAAAAUUUGUACAAGAGAAUCUACAGUCUUAUGAUGUUUAUAAAAUGAUUGAAAAAAAGAAAGAAAAAAAAUAUCAUGAAAAAGUUGCAAAAAGUUUAGUCCAUAUUGGAUCAUAAAGGGAAAUGUCAUGGUAAGAGUUUUCUUGAGGACUCACACUUCAUAACUUAAUGUAUAGGAUCGAAAUGUAAAUUACGAAGCUGAUAAUUCAAUGAUCCUUAGACGAAUAAUACUAACACAUUUAAUAUAGACUAUAGAUGAACAAUAAAAAUCGGACGCAAAU